AAAGCAUCUUUCAGAAUUUUGCAAUCUUGAUGAUUUUGAACUGGAUAACCUUGAGAAAAUCUCUAUCGAUGACGUUUACAAUGAACAUAUCAUUAAAAUCACAAAACUCCUUGUGCACACCCUCAAAAUUGAUUCAUUAAAAUUGGCUCUGGUAAUUCAUAUGAGCUGA